AUGACGGUGGAUUCGUUGUCCAUGGAUCGGUAUGUUGGACCGGUGAAUCCUUCACUAUAUCCACAACUUGCUGUAUUGCUGCUUGCUAUUGGCUUGUUCUUCAUGGCAUGGUUCUUCGUGUAUGAGGUUCUUUUUUUAAGCAUGCAUCUGUAUCAUUGGUGUGUACCAGAAAAUGGUUAA